GUUUACUCUCUAAGUUAGUAGCUGUAACUUUAAAGUAGCAGAGACUAUAAGUAACAGUAUUCGUCGUUACCGGGUAAGUCCGACUUACCUCCGUGAGUCAAGCACCAUGAUCCACCCAAGCAAGCUUUGUUUUAACCGGCAUACCACGGCAGCACGCAACAGGUUGUCUAGUAGACCUCUCAGGCUCGCGAUUCUGCUGCUCUUACUCGGAACCCUCUUGACCGCCGCGCCUUGGGCGAGCAGGCAUUUCGGCUCGCCUCUCGAAACCUCGCCUCGGCGAUACCACCGGCGACGGUUGCUCUCGUCAGCGUCAGCAGCGUCAUCGUCCGUAACUUGGUUACAUUCCGUGUUUCGCAAUUCUUCGCUGGGCCAAUACUUUUCAUCUCCAACCGUCCGGGAUGCCUCAGAAGCCACUCCGCCAGCGUACCCCCCGGACGCGGGUCCGCUGCACAUGCGUCGCCACGUCAGCCCCGACUAUUUCCAGCCAAGCGCCACGCCACGUGUCCGCAACGAAACACAGCGAGACCUUCACGCGGAGACAGCCUCCGGCGGAAAAAGCCCUACCAGUACUAGCGAAGUCUGCGUGGCAAUAGCUUCCAUGCCACGUGUCUUUCCGAAGCAGCGGAGGCUGCCACCGUGGCACUUCCCCGUGUCCCUCCUCAGCAUGCUGGAAGAGCGACGAUCCCCGCCUGAAAGCGCAGACGGCUUUAAAGACAUGCGCGUCGUCGUCUACAGCUCCGGCUGCAACGGGAAACCGGCAGGAGCCGUCGCGGCGACGACAGCAGCCUCGCCGAGGGCGACGGCGAAGAGUAACGUCUCCGACGGACUUAACGGAUCUGACGGAUUUUCUGACGGAGCGGAACACGUUCAAGCGGAGACGUCUACGACAAACGGACGGGAUCGUUCUACCAGUAGCAGCAGCACUACUAAGGAGGACGGGGUAGUACCAAUAUCUCCUGAGGAAUUGGAAGAGCGUAAGAAGACACUGGCAGCAGCGAUGCAUGAGCGAGCGUUGAAGUCGGCCGCGCGAAAGUCUUCCCUGGAUAUAACCGUGUUACCACCUCGCCAAGACGCGUGCGACUUCGUUCAGCAGGACGAGGAGAACGUGCGACAAAUCGGUGUUACAGACGAGAUGGCAAGCGACGGAUGGGAACCCUGGCGAUGGCGAACGAAACUGGUGAUGGAUUUCGUCUACGUCAUGCGACAAUGCAUGGCGACAAAACCGAAAUACAUCCUGCUGCUCCAAGACGAUACAAAGCCGGCCCGGCUCUACGACAUCGGUAUCGAGAAAUUCAUUAACGAGGAACUAAAGGGUCAAGAGUGGACCGUCCUAGCCCUCUACUACCCCCAGUCGUACCUGUGGCCGUAUCAGCACGGCCAAAACUACCUGGCGACGUGAGGACUAAGGCGCCGGGCGUCGUCUCUCGAACGCAUCGGGACAGGGGCUUUCGGGACGACUACGUAGUUAAUCUACUGAUGGAAGCUAACGAUAAUGAGUCCGCGAAUGGUGAGGAAACGGCAGAAGGUGAUGGGGAAGGCAGUGGGGUGCAGAUGACCCCUCGGCAAGUUUUUCGCGCGUACCCGACAAGAGGAGUCGC